AUGCGGCCUCUAAUUACGGUAUUACUUUUACUCUUUGCCAUUGUUCUUGGUGAUGAAAACAAAACUGAAUCAACAGUUGAGAGCCUGAAGCAGCUCUUUCCUGCAGAAAUCGCCGAGAAAGUGGGGAAAUUGAGUCCGGAUGAUGUGAAAGCGGCCAAGAAGAUUUUUCAAAAAUUGACGGCAAAAGAGGACCUGGUCAAAGAGCUGAGUGAACAAAGCCCCGCGCUGAAGGAUUUGCUGGAAGCCGUGCUGACAAAGCUGCAUCAACGGAAGGCCGAGAUCGACAAGGCUUUGAGCGCGGAUACAAAGAAGUUUUUGGGAAAGGUAAGGCGACAUGACAGUACCAUCUUUGGCAUGGGGAAGCGUCGUAUUUUGAACACCUUAACUCUAAUUAGCUUGCUCACCAGUUUCUUUCCUCUCAACAGUACUACAAACUUGGCUACUGCAUCAUCUUCCUUUUGUAUUUUCGGCUUGUUAUAGAAUUUCUUUCUUCUCAAUUACAAUUGAAGUCAAAACGUCAAAGCACAAUUUUGAAUUUGCAGGCCAGAACCGUACUCGAAAAAACUUUUGAGAAACUGAAGAAACUGUACGAUGAAGAGGGAGAGACCGUGAAAGAAGACUUGAGGAAAGCUUUCCCGAAACUCAUGCUGGUGAUUGAACGUAAGUUAGGAUUUUAGUAGAGGAUCGCAUUUUGUAUUACGGCCAUUGGAGGAGUCACAAUACAGAAUCUAAAAUUGGGAUGGGAGAUGACGUGUAAGGUUUUGAAAUAAAAGGCCGAGAACCGUAAUAGGCCAGAAAAUUCACGUGGAUUACUCGCAGACUAGGACCAGUGCAACCCUUCGAUUUUCCCCAAGUUUAGCUUGGGUAUCCUACAUUAAAAUAUUGCUCACCAUCCCCAGUCCCCCUCCAAAUCCUCCGUAGCCAUAAUAGCCCCGGCAUAACUAACCUCCUUCUUUUUUAGACCCUCAAGUGCAAGCAGAUGUAAUGACACUGUGCGGUCGCGGCGGUUAUGGUGGCUACGGUGGUUACGGAGGCUAUGGCGGCGGCUACGGAGCUCCCCCUUACGCCGGCUACGGCGGUGCCGGAGGCUUUGGUGGCGGAGGAUUCGGGGCUCCGGGCUAUGGCGCCGGAGGCUUUGGAGCGCCCGCUUAUGGAGCGUACGGAGCUCCGGCCUACGGUGGAGCCGGAAUGUAUGGAGCUCCGCCGGGCGCCGGGCUGGGAGCAGGACUCUUGGGCCUGCUUGGGUAG